GUGUCGGGGCUCCCCACCCCCACCUCCACACACACAUAGUGCCCAUUUUGAUUGUUCUUGCACGUGGUAUUUCUGCCCCUCUUCUGUCCCUUGAAUUAUUCCCAAAGACAAGUAGCAGUUGAUUAAUACCAUUCCUGAAUAUCGUAGACAAAAAGUUAACGCUUCCUUCUUUUUCAUCACUACUACUUACUAUGCACUUGGUGCUGUUCUGAUUGUGGGUUAGUCAGUAUUGCGUAAGGCAGAUUUCCUGUUCGAGUGGAACUGACGGACAGUAAACAGUGAACGCGUUAGCUAGACAUGCUAUACAGAAAAUUAAAUCACCUUUUCCCCCGUGUGUGUGUGUGUGUGUGUGUGUGUGUGUGUGUGUGUGUGUGUGAAAGAAAACAGGUUCUUAUAUCUUAUAGAUGAAUCCUAUAGAUUAGGUUAUUGGUUGGUGAGAACCCCUGAGGAUGUGGAUUGUAAAAGAUUGAGCAGGAGGUUAGCACAAAGGUACCGAGGAGAGCUGAUGUCCCCGUGGUUUAGAGGGUAAUGGGACUCUGUACAUCAGACUGCAGAGUCGACACGUACAAAAUCUCAGGUAGACAGCUUGGACAGGUUUUAGACGCUGUGCUACAGCUCACCAUCUAAAUACAGUAUUUUUCUGGACAGAAAUGGUUUGAAGCCAUGAUGCCUAAGAACUUGGGAGCUGGAACUGAUAAAGGGACGGUGGCAGCAUAGGUGUGAUCAAAAAUUCCCGUAGAUGGUGAGGUUUUUAAUGAUGAAAAAGUAGAGAUGAGCAUGGCGGUAGAUGGCUAACACGGAGAGCAAACAGCCAGGGUGCAGACGAGGCGGAGGGAAUGUGGGUGGAGUUGGACCCACAUGGAUGACCUCUGCUCAAGACAGGAAACCAGGAGUCUCAGUGAAGGAAGAGUUGUGAGGGAGGAUGAGGGGAGAAGAUGAAGACCAGGGCAAGAUCUGCAAAGGAAGUGGAAGGGGAGGAGCCAGCAGGAGAGGUCGGUGGCAGACAAACAGGCAAUGCUUCUGACCUAAGAUCCAGGGGUUGAAAGGAAACAGCAUCCUUCCCUUGAGAGGUUGACAGGAGAGAAGCACAGAGUUUUCAAGGGGGCAUGGGGAUGGAGGGGAUAGAUACAGGGGAUGAAAAAAAUUAAGGAAAAUAAAUGUAAAACCAGUUACAGAGUUUGCUGUGCUUGUACGUGGGCGAGUGGAAAGGACCUCGAAGGGCAGGCGUAUGCUAAACCGUUUAGAUCGAGAAGAUGAUCAAUUACUUGUAAAGUCUGGGAAAUACAAGAGUUGGGUAGGGAAGGUGCUCUCCCAGGGGAUCCGCUCUCCCAGGGCUCCGUGUGUCGUGGAGAUAGUUGGCCGUGUGAGGACUGUGGGGUUGGUUCGCUAUAGAAUUGCCCCAGGGUCACUGCUCCAAGAAAACUCCAUGAGGCUUUCUUUUCUCUGACGCCAGUGAAGAAAUUCCUUCUCAUCAGCUCGAGAAUUUUAUAUCUUUCCUGUAGGAAUUUAGAAAAAAGAUGAAGGACCAGGGCUGUCUUAUCCUACCUUGAAGUGUACGGAGAAGUUCACGUACCUAUUUACUGUAGACUUUCCUUUCUUAUUAUUCUCUGUGAUCUAACUACCAAUGUAUCAAAGCACUACUACAGUCUCUGAAGUCAGCUCCGGGAUGACAAUCAUUGUAAAAACAGUCCUAUUUUCUUCUCUCUUCUUCGUGGGCCUAACGAUACUACUUUUCAGGCACCGUUAAUAAUGGAAGAGGACGCGGAUGACGGAAUCAGGUCUGGCUCCUUGUGUUUCAUCAACGACCACGUCGGAUUUCAGGGCAGUAUAAAAACCUCACCCGGUGACUUCAUCGUUACUGAGAUUGACGAACAGGGACGGUUAGUCAGCAAGGCCACCGACGAACCCCUUCGUGAAUUUAGUAAAACACAGCCUGAACCGAGUAAUUGCCAAGUCAAGAAGCCAAAGCUAAAUACUCAGACUGUAGACUUAGACUGUGAAAAUAACAAGGAAGCUGCUAAGUCGCCCGGGCACUCACCCGCCGGGCGCUCGGAGGGUGACCGGGUCCAGCCUGCGGGCUCGGAUCGUGACUCAGAAAAAGAAAACAGCGUCCGCUGUGCGACUUCUAAAUGUGAAGUAGAAAGCGUUGGUUUAUUAAGUUCACUUUUAGAUGAAAGCACUCACACAUCGCUGGAUCACUUUGCCCGUGACGUCAAAGAGAUGUGGAAUUCAAGCACUGAACUAACCGAACCGUCUCCUGAAUUGUCCCUAGGCAGGAUCCUUGACAAACGCCAAAGGGCUGCCCUGCACAGUGCUGUGAGGCAGACAUUUCCCUUCUUGAUAACCGUAGGAAACAACAGCGAAGUGGUUGUAAAACCGAGUCUUGAGUAUAAGGAACUCAGCCACUUGGUGUCUGAAGAGGAAGCACUUGGCUUUUUCAGAUAUUUGGACGCAAAGAAAGAAAACUCCAAGUUUACCUUUCAACCGGAUCCAAACAAAGAUCACAGGAAGGCCGUGCACCAUUUUCUCAACAAGAAGUUCGGAAACCUGGUGGAAACCAAGUCUUUUCCUGGGCAGAGCCACAGUGCUGGGAACCCAAACACAGCCAUAACCGUGAGAUUCCGGGAAAAAGCACACGGAAAGAGAGCUCACCCGGAAGGCAAGAGAAGAAGAGCAGUGUAUACAGCUUUCACCCUACAAAAGGAAAAUCUGGAGAUGUUCGAAGCAAUUGGUUUUCUGGCCAUCCAACUUGGCGUUAUUCCUUCGGAUUUUAGUUACGCGGGCCUUAAAGACAAGAAAGCAAUCACCUAUCAAUCAAUGGUAGUUAGAAAAGUGACUCCUGAGAGAUUGAAAACUAUCGAAGAAGAAAUUAAGAAGAAGAGAAUGAAUGUGUUUAAUGUUCGGUCUGUAGACGAUUCUCUCAGACUUGGUCAGCUCAAAGGAAACCACUUUGAAAUUAUCAUCAGAAACCUAAGAAAUCAACCAAAUGAUUCUGCCAACCUGAGAGAGAGAGUUUUGGAGGCAAUAGAAAAUGUUAAGAAUAAAGGUUUUGUGAAUUACUACGGGCCACAGAGAUUUGGGAAAGGAAAGAAAAUCCAAACAGACCGAAUUGGAUUGGCUCUCCUGAAGAAUGAAAUGGUAAAGGCCAUAAAAUUAUUUCUCACGCCAGAAGACGCGGAUGAUCCUGUCAAUAAAGCAAAGAAAUACUUCCUCCAAACUGAGGACGCUAAAGGCACGCUUUCACUGAUGCCCGAGUUCCGGGUUCGAGAGCGCGCGCUGCUGGAGUCCUUGCAUCGCUUUGGCGUGACGGAGGAAGGCUGCGUCCAGGCCUGGUUCUCCUUCCCCCAUUCCAUGCGUAUAUUCUACAUCCACGCAUACAGUAGCAGGAUUUGGAACGAGGCAGCGUCGUACAGACUGGCAGCCUACGGACCCAAGGUGGUGAAGGGGGACCUGGUCUGCUUGGAUGAAGAUGCGGACGAGCAUCUUCCAAGCAGUAAAGUUCACCUGGUGACCGAGGAAGAGGAGUCAGCUGACACAUAUGCACUGCACCAGGUCGUUCUGCCCGUGCUUGGAUACAACGUUCAGUACCCGGAGAACAAAGUAGGGCGGUGGUACCAAGGGGUCCUCGGCAGGGACGGACUGCAGGCCUGUAGGUUCAGGGUGCCCGCCCUGAAGCUGAAUGUACCCGGCUGCUACAGGCACAUCGUGAAACACCCCCACAAUGUAUCACACCGACUGGUCCAUCCCGACCCCGCCGAGCUUCGAGCGGAAGGUCCCCACGCCGACGACACAGCCUCAUCGCUGGCCUUAUCCUUUGACCUCGACGCUUCGUGCUACGCCACCGUUUGUCUGAGGGAAAUGAUGAAGGACGACAUUUAAACCCACACCCUAAGGUAGCUGCGAGCCCGCCAUUAGGUAGCUGUGGUUCCUAGGGCUCGCUCGACCUUGAGCUUCGCGGUUGCUGCUCCUCGGUUUUCACAGUAUCCUGAGUGGCGUAUUAACGUAAGCAUCGGUGUCUACGUUUAAAGCUCCAGGACCGUGGUCUUUAAGGACAUGUCAUGCUUUAGAGAAUUUUGCUCCAGUCACGAAAGCUCCAGAUCUUUGGAGCACUGCUCUGAGCCCCGGGGCUGCUGCACAUCACACUUAAGAGAGAGGCAGAGAGAGGACACGGUCCACACUGCUUAAAGGUAAAGCCAGGUGACAGUGAAACCCUGGUGACCGGACCAGAGAGGCUUUUCUCCAUCACUGCGCGCGAGGUGGCUGGUUUAACACCGUGCAAGGGCGAUAUCUGUUCUCAUAAUCUGUUUAUGAGAUCAUUUUUGAGGAAGACUGAAAAUUUUAAUUAAAAAUUUUUAUACUAGUUUUUUUAUACCUGUUCCCCUAACUCUUUGUUAUGUUUUCUGUCAUCUGAAACUCAGAUUUUAGACUCCUGUUUGUACCCACAUUCUGUUUCAAUGUCACUGGACAUGGUGUUGAUUCUUUUUUAAAAUAAAGAUAGUCUUGAUGACCUGA